GGCAGCCCAACUAAAAGACUUUAUUUUUCCAUAUUUUUAAUCUGGUUGACAAACCUGAUUAUCAUAGACAAUAUAUAAAAAUAUGUAACAUUUAUAAAAAUGUUUACAUAUAUUCUAUAAAAAUGAUCUUGUCAUAGUUCAGAGGUCAGCCAAUCACUGCCUUCUGUUUGGGGAAUGCGCCAGCUCUGGAAAAACGGGACGACCAAAAAACUAAAUGAAAGAUGAUAAGUCUGUCUUCUAAUUUGCUUUCGUUAAAGAAACCCCCCCCCCCAAGCUAAGUUUUCAAAACAGUAGUGUCAGUGUGCUAAAAGUAUUCGCCGGAAAAGCGUGCUGUAAUUAAAAGUUUGUGUCGGUCACUGUUGAGCUGUUGAGGCACGGCGACAAUCUUAAUUCACCAAGCUAGCGUUUCUUAGCUCGUGUACGGCUUCUAGCCAUACAGAGUAUGCUUUUAGCCUGUGUCGCUAUCAGUCUAUGGUAGUUAUGUGCGCUCUAGGCAUAGCACGAGUUUUGAGAGGGAAACCCCGUCGUACACACAAUGUCAGGAAAAGCCACACGAGGUCGACCUUCGCAUCGCUCUUCGUGGAGCCCCUUCCCCCUCCCCCUUCCUUUCACUUCCCUCCCACUUUUCUCUCUCACUCUAAAGAGCACGGAGUCUCUGCACUCCCCUUCAUUUCCCGCUCCAACAUGUUGGCAGGAGGAGAAAGAAGAGGAUGCUGCGCUCUACCCUUGGUGUGUUCUUGCCACCGCUCCGGCCAGUGCACGCUGCCUCUGACUCAGACUCAGCCUCAGCCUCAGCCUCAGCUUUCAGUUGCCUCCGCCUGAAGGACUUCAGAGAGGAGGUGGAGGAGGAACCAAAGGAUACACUGGACAUCAGGAGCUCUCACACCAGGGUCCCUAACAGGAACAACAACAGCAGGAGAGUGGAACAGAGCUGCUCCUCAUCUGUGGUGGAAACUACUAAUACCUCAGCAGUGACCACCACCUCUAGUUUCACCCCCUCCUCUUCCUCCUUCUCGGCUCCAAGAUCCAUGUGGCAAGAAGCAAUAAGGAGGAAACGAUAUCUCCUGGACCGGGCACGGGAGACUGGUGAAGGGGAUAAAGGAGGAGGAGGAGGUCAGGAGAAAAGGAACAGGUCCCCGGACUGGCUGUAUGAAUCCUACUAUUGUAUGAGCCAGCAGCAUCCACUGAUUGUGUUUCUGCUGCUCAUAGUGAUGGGAGCCUGCCUGGCUCUGCUGACUGUGUUUUUUGCUUCAGGACUGAACGUUGAGGACCAUGUGGCCUUUGUAAUUACUGUGCCCACGGCGCUGGCUAUCUUCCUGGCUGUGUUUGUACUUGUCUGCAUUGAGUCCAUCUUCAAGAAGCUUCUACGUGUUUUCUCCCUGGUCAUCUGGGCCUGUUUAGUUGCCAUGGGUUACCUUUUUAUGUUUUCUGGUGGGAUCAUCUGUCCAUGGGAUCAGGUGUCAUUCUUCCUGUUUAUUGUGUUUGUGGUCUACACUAUGCUGCCAUUCUCUAUGCGGGACGCCAUUAUCGCCAGUGUCCUGACCUCCGCCUCUCAUACCAUUGUGUUGAGUGUCUGCCUGUCCACCACAGCUGAUCGCAUGGAACCAGUGGUGUGGCAGAUUUUGGCCAAUAUUAUCAUUUUCAUGUGUGGUAACAUGGCAGGGGCGUACCACAAGCAUCUCAUGGAGUUGGCACUAAAACAGACUUAUCAGGACACCUGCAACUGCAUCAAGUCCCCAAUUAAACUGGAGUUUGAGAAGAGACAACAGGAGCGUCUCUUGUUGUCACUGUUGCCAGCUCACAUCGCCCGUGUGAUGAAAGCUGAGAUCAUCCAGAGACUGAAGGGCCCUAACUUUGGCCAGAUGGAAAACACAAACAAUUUUCACAACCUCUAUGUCCAGAGACACACUAAUGUCAGUAUACUAUAUGCCGAUAUAGUAGGUUUCACGCGGCUUGCCAGUGACUGUUCACCUGGGGAGCUGGUGCACAUGCUGAAUGAGCUAUUUGGCAAAUUUGAUCAAAUUGCCAAGGAGAAUGAAUGUAUGAGGAUCAAAAUCCUUGGGGACUGUUACUACUGUGUGUCCGGCCUGCCAGAGUCUCUAUCAAACCAUGCUAAAAACUGUGUGAAAAUGGGUCUAGACAUGUGUGAGGCAAUCAAAAAAGUGCGAGAUGCCACAGGGGUUGACAUCAAUAUGCGUGUUGGCGUGCAUUCAGGGAAUGUCCUGUGUGGUGUGAUUGGACUUCAGAAAUGGCAGUAUGAUGUUUGGUCACAUGAUGUCACAUUAGCCAAUCAUAUGGAGGCAGGAGGUGUACCAGGACGAGUCCACAUCACUUCAGUGACACUCGAACACCUGAAUGGUGCCUAUAAGGUGGAAGAUGGGGAUGGACAAGAAAGAGACCCCUACCUAAAGGAACAUGGAGUCAUCACUUAUCUGGUCAUUAACCCAAAGGUCGAGCGUCGCAGCCCACAGCAUCACUACCGUCCCAGACACACUCUAGAUGGAGCAAAGAUGAGGGCCUCAGUCAGGAUGACCCGCUACCUGGAAUCGUGGGGGGCAGCCAAGCCCUUUGCCAACCUGCACCACAGGGACAGCAUGACUAAUGAAAAUGGGAAGAUCAACACUGCUGAUGUGCCAAUGGGGCAGUAUCACUUCCAGAGGAGAUCAGAAAGGACAAAGUCUCAGAAGAAGCGGUUUGAAGAGGAACUUAAUGAAAGGAUGAUUAGGACCUUUGAUGGGAUAAAUUCACAAAAACAGUGGCUCAAGUCCGAGGACAUCCAAAGAAUAUCAUUAUUCUUUCACAACAAAUCCUUGGAGAAGGAGUACAGAGCAACAACCUUGCCCGCCUUCAAAUACUAUGUCACCUGCGCCUGUUUGAUCUUCUUCUGCAUUUUCAUUGUGCAGAUUCUUGUCCUUCCAAAGACAACUGUCUUGGGGAUAUCCUUUGGUAUGGCUUUUCUUAUCCUUUCCUUGAUCCUCUUCAUAUGUUUCAUUGGACACUUCCUGCACUGCAGUAAAAGCGCUUCCACUUCUUGGAUGUGGCUGCUGAGGUCAUCAGUCAUUAUUGCCAACAAGCCAUGGCCUCGCAUCACUCUCACCAUGACAACCACGGCUCUAAUACUCAUAAUGGCAGUCUUCAACAUGUUUUUUCUGGAGGACAGUGUGUUGCCUCCAGUUCCUGUUCACAAUUCAUCAAAUGAAACACAGUUUUACCAUAAUGGACAACUAAUUACCUUCACUGACAAAAACAAUUUCUACCUUCCUUAUUUAAUUUACAGCUGCAUCCUGGGCCUGAUUUCUUGUUCAGUAUUCCUGAGGAUCAACUAUGAGCUGAAGAUGAUUAUUAUGUUGACAGCUGUUGUGGUUUACAACAUCAUUAUUCUGCAAACACACGCUUCCCUGCUGGAUGAGUAUAGCAGAUUCCUGUACAAGACUGAAAGCCUGGACAGACCAGGAGUUCUCAAAGACCUGAAGACUAUGGGCUCUAUCUCCCUCUUUAUCUUCUUCAUCACUCUGCUUGUGCUUGCCAGACAGAAUGAAUAUUACUGUAGGUUAGACUUUCUGUGGAAGAACAAGUUCAAGAAAGAGUGUGAGGAGAUUGAAACCAUGGAGAACCUCAACCGGGUUUUGCUGGAGAAUGUCCUGCCUGCACAUGUCGCAGAACACUUCCUGGCACGCAACUGGAAGAAUGAGGAUCUGUACCACCAGUCCUAUGACCUGGUGUGUGUCAUGUUCGCCUCUAUCCCAGACUUUAAAGAGUUCUACACGGAGUCUGAUGUCAACAAAGAAGGAUUAGAGUGCCUCAGGCUCCUCAAUGAAAUCAUUGCUGAUUUUGAUGAGCUGCUGUCCAAACCUAAAUUCAGUGGUGUGGAAAAGAUCAAGACCAUUGGCAGCACUUACAUGGCUGCUACUGGGCUGAACGCAUCACCUGGGCCCGAGUACACAUCACAGGAGCAUGACAGACAGUACAUGCACAUAGGGACCAUGGUAGAGUUUGCUUUUGCCUUGGUGGGGAAGCUGGAUGUUAUCAACAAACACUCCUUCAAUGACUUCAAACUCAGAGUUGGUAUUAACCAUGGUCCAGUGAUAGCUGGAGUCAUUGGAGCCCAGAAACCACAGUAUGAUAUCUGGGGGAACACAGUGAAUGUAGCCAGUAGAAUGGACAGCACUGGAGUCCUGGGAAAAAUACAGGUGACAGAGGAGACGAGUCGCAUCCUUCUGACUCUGGGCUACAUGUGCUCUUGUAGAGGUAUCAUCAACGUCAAGGGCAAAGGGGAGCUCAAGACUUACUUUGUGCACACAGAGAUGACUCGCUCACUGUCCCAAGGGAAUGUAAUGCCGUAAGACUGGUUCUGAAUAUGCUGGAUUUAAACAGGCACAAAGCACAGACAUUCAUUUCAGAUAGAUGGAGGUUUGACCCUCUCAGUGCUGUUAUAACAGAAACAAAGUGUGAGGCACAAAGGUAUCAGAUAUGCGCUGUGAGGAGAAAAAUCUGAUUUUAAUGUUGCAUUGCAAGUUAGCUACACCACAGCUGUAUACAUUUUUCCACUUAUAACUGUAAGUGUAGCAUGUACAGCAAGUAGGCAAUAACCCCUGAAAUAUUUAGUCAUUUGAAUUUUGGAUCUGAGAAAGCCACAGUGGCACAAGUCAGUCAGAGAAGAGUCUGAAAUGGUCUAAAUUAGUGUUCAGACUCAGUUCUGGGAGGCCUCUUUUUCAGCCAGGUGCACCAAUACAGAAUCUGUAUUCUCUUCAUUUUACUGGACCCAGUACAUUUUGGAGGUCAAAUGAUGUACAGUAUGACAAAGACAAAGGCAACAAUCACAUUAAGGCCUCUAAAAGAAUCCAAAAGAUGAGCAUGUCAGAGUGAGCAAUUAUAGUACAAGCAAGACAUGCUGGUGUAGUGGAUAUGAAGAAGUUUGUGCCCCCAACAACAUUUUUACCAAGGGAUACAAAAGGUCAUAGAUGGAAGGUCUGAUAUUAAAAUGAAAGCAAACAAUAGAAGGGAAAACUGCAUGACCACUGUUGCAAAGGUGAAGCUGGUCUUAUUAAAAAAAACAAAAAAAAAAACAA